AUUUCCAGGACGGAGCUAAAAUACUUGAAGCUACAGUCAACUUCGGCUCAUCCAACGACUUCAUCACCAAAAGAAACACAAUUCGCCCCACGCAACACAACUGCAAAGAUGUUCGCCCGCACUGCUACCCGCGUCUCCCCGAUAGCCCAGAUGGCUGCCCGCCGUGGCUUCCACUCUACCCGCUCGCAGAUGGCCUCGCCAUACCAUUACCCUGAGGGCCCGAGGAACAACUUGCCAUUUAACCCGUUGACCAAGUUCUUCGCUCUGAGAUACUGGGGUUUCAUGGCUCUCGGAUUCAGUGCGCCAUUCGGAAUUGCUGUCUGGCAAACAAAGAAGAACCAAUAAACGCGUACUGGGUGAUGGAACGAUCUAUAGAAAGGGACGGGUUGGAUGGGAUGAAGGCAGACUGUUUGGAACCACUAUGUACACAAUAAGACGAAAAUAGCACUUUCAUCGUCCUUCUUGAAAUGUUGGGUUGUUAUUGGGGGUGUUUUGUGCUUCAGAGGCAUUGUGUGCAACAUGUUCUGUAGAGCGACAAACAUUCGGCCUAACAAACAGCGGAUUGAAUUGGGUACAUGCUUCAAAACAACAGCCCGAAGAAGACAGUGGCGGUAAGUUGAUAAUUGAAACCCGAGCGAUACUCUGGUGUUGUGGCCUCAUUAUGUGGACGUGAACUAUCUCCACGGAGAAGCUGAGGUGUUUCAAUCUCGGAUUCUACGAGGCCUUCGUUGACAAAAAGUUCACAUACUGACUGGCGGGCUAGUUACGUAGCCGAACAACACAAUCAAUCAAAUCGUAUCCCAUUUUCAUUUCGCCGAUGACCACAUCUAUCAUAUACCCAAGAUUUCCCAUUUUAG